AUGUCUAGUUUGCACAGCAGCACACUCAGAGAUAUAAGCAAUGUCAACAUUCUAUUUUUAUCCCGAUGUGUCCAUUUACGUGGCGAAGCCCUAUGGAAUGUCAAAGGUCGUAUUAUAAAUAGGAGAAAUGAUACAGGAAUAUGGAAACCAGGACGAGGUGAAGAAGAAGACGAAAAAUGGCUUACUGAAGGACAGAAAAGCACCUAA